UUUAUUAGUUCGUUAUAGUGUUAGUGUUUAACUAUGUCACUGUCUAAUUAUGCCAGUGGACUUAGUAUUGAGGCCAAAACACGUUAUUUGGAAAAGUUACAAAUGUUUAACAGUGAUUGUCCAUAUUUUAUUCCUAAUUCUCUGUGGAAACACGGUUUAGACUGUUGUCCAAUUGUUCCAAUAAUUGCUCCCUCAGAUAUCUUCAUAUAUCUUGUUGAAACAAAAAGCUAUCAAAAUCAUCUGGAAGCCCUUCGCGCAUACAAGGGGCUGUCUUCUGAAUCCAAAAAGGCUGUAAAAGAUGGUUGGGUUCAAGAGUUCAUGGCCAUUGCUCUCCCAUCACGGGUAGUGUUGAUGAAGGCAAAGGUAUCACCUUCCCAAGCAAUAGGUGAAGGUCCACACAAGCCAUGGGCAGCAGUUUCAACGGAAUCCUGCUUAGUAAUUUGUGCACAUUGUACGUGUGCUGCUGGUUUAGGUGAGGUGUGCAACCAUGUAGCUGGGUUGGUGCAAGUCUGCAUGGUUUCUUCACAGAUUAAUGACCAAAUAAGCUGUACUGAGGAAAUGUGUACCUGGUCUGGUACCUAUUCAAAGCCGGACGUCUUCAAAAGGGUGGCUGACAUGGGGGCUAUUUGUAAAGAAAAAUUACCAAAAAUUAGGGUACCAACAAAGGAGGAAAUAUCAAUUCUUCUUUCAAUUUCAUUCCUGCAGCUCUUAAAAUCACUUUACCAAAACCUAUUGGUUCUUUGUUUAAAAUUGACCUAA